AUGCAGACGCUCCUCAAUGUUGUGGGUGAGGCGGCGACGUGGGCCGGGCUUACCUUCAAGCCGUCGAAGUGUGCCACGCUUCACAUCCGCCAUCGCGAGACAUUGGGCUCUGUAUUCGCCCUGCAAGGGGGAGAACCAGCCGUGCUCGGUGAGGGUGACGCCUACCUCCAUCUUGACGUCCCUACGGGGUACAAAGUCUCGCACAUGCCAACGGAUGCGAUCGCGGCAAUUCGACGCGACUUGCAGCUCCUGGACGCUUCCCUGCUGGCUCCCUGGCAGAAGAUUGACGCUGUGCGUGUCUUCCUCCUCCCUAGGCUUGACUUUGUCAUGCGGGGCGGAGCGGUACGCAAGGGGCCGCUAUCUGCACUCGACAAGGCAGUGAAAGCGGCUGUCAAAUCAUGGCUCUUCCUUCCACAGCGUGUGUCCACUGAACAGCUGUACCUCGCGCUGAGAGAGGGAAGAUGUGGCUUGACGCCGCUCGCGGACGCUGCGGACAUCUCGACGAUCGUCCACGGCUUCCGCAUGCUGCACUGCGACGACGCCACCGUCCGCGACAUCGCCUGGGCCACACUAUGUACGGCUGCCCGCCGCCGACUUGGGAGGAAGCCGAAUCGGGCCGACUUGGUCACCUACCUUAGCGGCAGCGUCGAGGGUCACCUCGCACGAGACGGAGGCGACAUCCAGUCGCUGUGGACACAUGUCAGGAACGCCACAAGGCGCAUAGCGCCGCGUGGUGUCACCUAG